CAAAGAGAAGACCUUCUUAUUGAGUAUUUCAUUCAUUUUUGCAUAGACUGUUAUUUCAUCUCUCCCUCUCUUUGUCUUUGUCACCAUCAUCAUCAUCAUCAUCUUCAUCAUCGGUAUCAUCACCUUGUCAUCAUUGUCACCAUCUUCACCAUAAUCAUAAAUAUCAUCAUCAUCAUCAUCAUACUCAUCAUCGGUAAAGAGAGAGAAAAAGAGAGUGAAAGAGAGGGAGAGGGAGAGACACAUAUCUUAACCUAAACCAUCUCAUCUCAUCGGUUGAUCAACUUGAGCUUGAAUACCUAGAGGUCUGUGGAUCUACCUUAAGUGUUGCUGUGUUGUGACUGUGAAUACAAUUGGAUACUUUGAACACAAAAGUGUGCGGUUAAAACAAUAUUUUUACGGAUUAUAAAUACACAAUUAAUUUAUUUCAUUAUUUUACAAUCUUAAUUUAUAUAUGAUUAAUAUUUAAUUUAAUCUAAUAUUUAUUGUUUUUACCUCUUUUGUUGUCUGUUUUUACAUACAUGUGUGUCUUUACAGAGCAAAUAAGCCUCCAGGAAUAAGUAUAAACACGAAACCCAAACUUCAACCUUUCCUAGUUUCCUUAAUUGCUACUUAGACUUUCACUAAUUCUAACAAUCAACUAAUCAAUGGCUGAUUAUGCUUAUUCCUCGUCUUUCUAAUUGUAUGUCUUAAACAUUAAAAACCAUGGAUCUGGAUUAAUAUUAAUCAAACAGUAAACAUAAAGCAACAAAACAACAAACAAAACAGUAACAUCCUCACAGUGUAACCCAGCAAGCUCAUCAACAACGACGUCAACACACCAACCAAACGCCAUUUAACAAUAAAGUUGUGAUUGAAAUGAAGCCCAAAUUUCGCUUUUAUAUCAAUGAAGAUGAUGUGCCAUUGGAUUUAAGUGUUAAACGUUUUAAUCCAGUUUAUAUUUCAUCUCGUGAUCAUCCACUUGAUUUAGCAUCAACACAUCGUCACCAUCACCAUCAUACUCAUCAUUUAUUAAUUCACAAUGGUCACAACAAUAGCAACGGUAACCAUCAUCACCAUCAUAAUGGUCAUCACAAUAAUCAUCAUCACCAUUUCACAAAUUUAAACAACCAUCACUCGGUCAACAACAACAAUAACAACAACAAUCACCUUAAUCAUCAUUCCAAUCAUCAUUUAAAUUCUCUCAAUAUUCACCAUCAUUUAAAUCACCAUGAAAAUCAUCAACUCCAUCUAAUCCAAUCACCAAUUCAAUCUCCAAUCCAUUUAGAUUCAUCGUCUUCCUCGCCUCCAACCAUUGUCGACCAAUCAACUAAUUUAUACAACAACAACAUCAUCACCAACAUCAACAAUAAUCACAAUAACAACAUUAACAACAACAAUAAUAAUAACAACAAUCUAAAUUGCAGCAAAAUUAUUAGCAAAAACAAUAUCAAAAAUAAUAGCAAAAUCAGUAAUGAUGAAAAUGAUAGUAAUGAAAAGAGUAGUCAUUCAAUUACAAUCAAUGAUGGUGAACCAAAUGAAAAUGAUGACCAUCAAACGUCCCUUCACUCACCAAAUAGUGAUGAUCUAAAUGGUAAUUGUAUUAAUAAUCGGCGAACCUCUAGACCAUUAAUGGGUAAACAUGUCCGUCGUGGAACCGGAGCUUCACCGCAAAUCUUGUCCCGAUUGAAGUCCAUAUUGCAGGAUAAACAGCGUCUUAGGGAAACAGGUUUAGUGCCAUCAAAUUGGAAGCGUAAAAAGAUGGCAAAAGCUUACAAUUGAUUAAUCAACUAAUCAUUAUUAUUGAAUUUCUAUUAUUAAUUAUUUUAUUAUUAUCAUUACCCAUGUAAUUCCCCCCCAAUUCAUUUGCUACUCUCUCUGUAUAAUCAAACCCAAUCUUUACAACACUUUUGUCAACUUGCUUUUUGUCAUCCAGCUAAUUUAUGUAUGCAUUAAUUUAAAUUUAUUUAUCAUUUCAAUUCCAGAGUUAAUCUAGAAACUGAAAUUUGAUAAUUUGACAAAAGUGCGCUGACAAUUUCCUCUUAAUUAAACAGUUGAUUGUAAAAAAAUUAAACUCCAUUUUAUAUGUUAUUUAUCUUUGUACUAAAACGUUUUUAUUUUUUUCUCUGCCUGUCCCCAUGAGUUGACCGUGUAAUUUGUUAAGUCAAUUCAUCUUUAUAUAUAUUAAUCAACAAAUUGUCGACUGUAA